CGACAGGUGUUUAUUUAUUUACCAAACACACACCGUGCAAUUUUCGCUAGUUUUUGUGUACCGGCUAAACAGAAAACGGGAAAAAGAUUGACGCGCAAGAUGGGUUUACUGACGAACCCAUCGAUUUCACAAAAGGCAAAGUAUUGUCGCAAACUGGUGCGUUACAAUACGCUCAUCUGCUUAACGUUGUAUCUGUUGGGCGUUGGCUUUUUCUGUGCCCUGCCGGAUACAAACUUUAACUCUGCCACCUACUUUUCGGAGAAUGCGCUACUGCCGGGAUUGGUCAAUUCCGAGCUGGAGAUGGAAACGGUGAAUCUGGUAAAGUCACUGUCCGCUGAACUGCAGCGUGAGCGGGAAAGCUAUCCGAAAAGUUUGCCCUAUCCUUGGCUUCUGGCAAAGAUGCGACGGUUUGGGCUGGAAACGCACACACACAACUUCACACUGAACUAUCCCUUCGGUGGUGGCAAGCGCUUCAAAGGUGAAAACGUGUUUGGAAUCCUUCGUGCACCUCGCAUUGCAUCGACAGAAUCGAUCGUUAUAAGCGUCCCAUACCGACCACCCGAAACUGUUCACACGGACGUAUCUGCUGGCGUUCCGUUAAUGUUGGCUUUUGCAGAUUUUGCCCGCAAAAAGAAAUACUGGGCAAAAGAUAUAAUUUUCCUCAUUACCGAGCAGGAGCAGCUGGGAAUGCAGGCCUGGCUGGAAGCGUAUCAUGGCGCUGAGGAUGGACGCAUUCUCGAUUCGGGCAUGCUGCGUGCACGGGCCGGUUCCAUUCAGGCGGCCAUUAAUCUGGAAGUGCAAAGCUUAGACAUCAGUCAUAUAAAUCUCAAAAUUGAAGGACUCAAUGGACAGCUACCUAACCUGGACCUUCACAAUCUGGUGCAGAAACUUUCCUCCAAGAACGGUAUCAUCGCCGGGUAUAAGCAAACAUCAUCGAGCCCGAAACGGUCCUUCCGGUAUCAGGACAAGCUGUUCAACGUGCUGUCGAUGGUGUUCUCGCAGGCCAGCGGUGUACCGACGGGUAACCAUGGGCUUUUCCACAAGUACGGUAUCGAAGCGCUAACGCUGGAAGCUGUAAAGCGUGACAAGGCACAGCAACAGUUUCAAGAGAUCGGUUCAAUGCUACGAAUCAUUGAGGGCAUAAGUCGCAGUCUGAACAAUCUGCUGGAGCGGUUUCACCAGAGCUUUUUCUUCUAUUUGUUGGUGUCGAACGAUCGGUUCGUUUCGAUCGGUGAUUAUAUGCCCAGCCUAGCACUUAUGGCUGGAUCGCUGCUGAUUAAAGCGUUUAUUCACUAUCUGUCGAUGUACUACUCCGGCGAUGAAAGUGAUGUCGACGAAAAGGAGGACGCCGAAUCGAAACAGAAACAAUCAUCGGAAAUUGGAUACUUUUCCGUUGGCAUUGUUCUACUAGUGGCGCACUCGAUUGGAGCGUUGGCCGUAUUUCUACCGCACAGCCAACCCAUCAACCAGUAUUUGUAUGAGGCUAAUUUUUCCACCCAGGACGCACUGUACAGUCUCUUCCAGUGCAUACUGACUCUAGCCAUCACCCUUCCGGUAUUCUGUGCAUUGAAUGUCAUUAAUGGGGAAGCACUACAUGUAGCCGUUUUGCUCGAACUAGGAACAGCCCUGCUGGCCGUGGGAAUGUUAAAUUUUUCCCUUGGCUUUAGUCUUUGCGUUUUUCUCGUCCCGUUUAUUAUUCUAAUUCGACCAGGUACAUCAAGAGCCGCACAGUUAGUGUCCAGGCUGUGCUGUGUGGUGAUAAAUCCUUUGGUGGUAUUGUACUGUGUGCUGAUUGGCCUGACAUGGCAUCUAUUUCCGGAGCUAUCCUUCAAACCAUUGCUAUACAAAGCGCACAAAGCUACAACGGAUGCGCUGACCUAUUCCGUCGUAGAUUCCAUGAUCUAUGGAAACUGGCUGUUUGAUAUGGUAGCGCUCAUUUUCGUCCCAUGCUGGAUUCUGCUGUGGGUGUUCCUUUUCCCUAAGACUGAACCAAGGAACCGUUAAGGCUGGUGAACCAAAUACAAUAUGGUGAUUGAGUAGUGAACUACAAACAGUCAAACAUGAACCACAUUACCGAAAGAUUUAGUCUGUUAAUUGUGUGUAUUUAAUUAGGGUUGAUCAACAAAAAUCAACUAGUAUGCCAUUAACUUUUAUUUUUUUCUCAAUUUUCUUGUUAAAACACUGUAACUUUACGAAGAAGGCAAGACAUUGAAUACAAUUUACUGUUAGAUUGGGGCAAACAUUAAGCUAGUUAUGAACCAGUUUGAAACAAUUUAACUAUGUUUGUGUAUUUUUUUGUAAAAACUGUUUAUUUUUUAUAUAAUCCAAAAAUUGGUAAUGCAAUUGCUCAACUCUAUUGAUGUAUAUCAAAAGAUCUGGGCAAGUAAAUCCCGACAGAAGAGAGAAGAGUUCAUGUGCAUAUUUUAAUAUUAAAUUUUCUACUUCCUUCUGCCUAAUACAAACAGUUGGUUACGGCCAAGAAGCUUCUAAAGCUUGCCUUUCAGCUUCACCAAGGAGCUCCUUGCUCCUUGUUUUGGUGGUAAGCGCUUCACUAUUACACGGUUUUCCUUUUCCAUAAGUAUGCUCCUUUUAUCUGGGAAGUAGACGCAACGUUUCGUUACGAUUUGCCCGCAGGUUUUGUUCUUCUAACGCACGGUUGCAGUUGCAUGCCGGAAGACGUGUAUCAUAUCUGAGGCAAAAGUGGAAAACUUGCGAGCAAAAGCAAACAUAAUCCUACCGUUAGAAGUCAGCUCGUACCGAAAACCCCGACCGUUGUAUGAAGUAUUGCAUUGCUGUGAGUGGUGUGAGACUUUGGUCCUGAGUGCAUAGAGCAGCAUCACACAC